GUUCAGCUCCGUGCUGAUAAAAACUGCUGUCUCUCAUCAAGCCAAGAAGCGUUUUUUAUUUUUUAUUUUUUUAUUCUGUGAAAGGUCUGUGGAUACUGAAAAAUAUAUAUAUUUUUAUAUCUGUCAGGACCCAUUCAAGGACUGUGGGAAAUAUCAGAGAUUUCAUGAUGAAGCCUGGAGACAACAGGAAGAGACACAGAGAAACUUGGGAAUAAAUCUCGGACUCUGUCCACCGUGCACUAAUAAAGGAGAGGUCCGGCGUGAGCAUCUGAUCCAGCAGAGAGCCACUCAGCCGACAGAACCGCUGCCGGUCCCGCAUCUAACGCUCCUUGACUCCAGCUGCGAUUCGGACCUUAUUUAUAUUUCAGCCUCUGCACUGAGCGAAACCUAAGGAUAAGAGUUCGGGGGGAGAAACUGACUGCAGACACUUGUUGCUCGCCUCGUCAGGUAAAACUCCUCCCGGGGGCAGCCAGAAGAGAGUCUGGUGCGCACAUGGCACCGAAAACGCGCUCCUCACUGUGCUGACAGCCGCGCAUCAUGGAGCCACACACUGGAUAAUGAGGCCUACCUGUAUGGGUGCUUAACUUAGGCUAGAUAUCACCAUCUCUACUGAAGUAAGGACAUUUCUUCAGAUUUUUUUUUUUCCUAAUAUUUCUGUGGGUUACGUUUGGGGGCAAAAUAAAAGAGAGGAAGCCAUGCUGGGGUUCAACAGAAUUCUCAGCCUACGGGCAGCUCGGAUUCAGCGCUGUGGUUCGCAGGGAGCCAAACUCUCACCCCGAACCUCUUCUUGCCAAGGCGCCGGUGCCAGUUCGAGGAUUUAUUGUGCGUGUCUGUUGCUGCUGCUGCUCGUGACACCUCGGGUGGACACUUCAUGGUGGUACAUUGGUGCGCUAGGGGCCCGUGUAAUCUGUGACAACAUCCCGGGCCUGGUGAACAAGCAGCGCCAACUCUGCCAGCGCCAUCCAGACAUAAUGCAGGCCAUCGGCGAAGGCACCAAGGAGUGGAUCAGAGAGUGCCAGCACCAGUUCAGGCACCACCGAUGGAACUGCAGCACGCUCGACCGCGACCACACCGUCUUUGGGCGCGUCCUGCUGCGAAGCAGCCGUGAAGCUGCAUUCGUCUACGCCAUCUCCUCAGCUGGGGUGGUGUACGCGCUUACCCGCGCCUGCAGCCAGGGAGAGUUGAAGACGUGCAACUGUGACCCGCACAAACGUGGACGAGCGAGCGACCAGAGGGGAGAGUUUGACUGGGGCGGCUGCAGUGAUAACAUCAACUACGGGAUCAAAUUCGCCAAAGCCUUCAUAGAUGCCAAAGAGAAAACUGUCCGAGAUGCUCGGGCUCUCAUGAACCUCCACAACAACCGCUGUGGCAGAGCAGCAGUGAAGCGUUUCAUGAAGCCGGAGUGUAAAUGUCACGGAGUGAGCGGCUCAUGCACACUGCGGACAUGUUGGAUGGCCAUGUCGGACUUCAGGAAGACUGGUGACUUCCUGAGGAGGAAAUACAACGGCGCCAUCGAGGUGACGAUGAAUCAGGAUGGGACAGGUUUCGCUGUAGCUAACAAAGCCUUCAGGAAGGCCACCAAAAACGACCUGGUCUACUUUGAGAACUCUCCGGAUUAUUGCCUGCAAGACAAAGCGGCAGGUUCCCUGGGUACAGCCGGGCGGGUCUGCAAUAAGACAUCCCGAGGCACAGACGGCUGUGAGGUCAUGUGCUGUGGGCGUGGCUACGACACCACGAGAGUCAAGCAAAUCACCAAGUGCGAGUGCAAGUUCAAAUGGUGCUGCGCCGUGGAGUGCAAGGACUGUGAGGAAGCUGUGGACAUACACACAUGCAAGGCCCCCAAACGAGCAGAAUGGUUGGACCAGACCUGAGGACACGGCCCGUCUGCUCCCUGUAACGCAACCCCACCCCGUUUCCCCCCUUUUUGCACUGUGGAAGAUGGAAUUCUGGGAAAGUUAGUCCAAAAGUGCUCUGCGUCUCCGCCCUCCUCUUCCCCCACCUCGACUCAUUGCAUGGCUUUUCUACCUGUCUCUGUGAAAGCACUAGAAUUCAGUACCCAUCAAUAUGAAUUAAUACCAAUUAGCCCCUGUUUGUGAAUGGCCCUGCGGCUGAACUGCUGGGAUCAGAUGAACAGUGAUACCAGUGAUACCACCUUGGGGGUUCAGGUGGAUUAGGCAUUUAUUGAGGAUUCAGUCCAGACGGCUUUCUUUUUUUUUUUUUUUUUUUUUAUUAGCACGUUGUUCUGGGUGAAAGAUGGUUUGCUGCUUUCAUGAUGCUUUAAAGACAAUUUUUACAUUAACUGAGCCUUCAAACGUAUCCAGUAUUAUUACAACUUCAUAUACUCACAUAAUUUUAUUUCAUUUUCUUGGGGAAAUACACUUUUAUCUACCAAAAAGGACACUUGUUUGGAGUUUGGGAAGUGGCUUGGUAUGUGCAAUUUCAGAAGUGGACAUCUAAGCAAACAUUUGGCCACGUGUGGCCAAACAGGAGUCCAAGCAGAGGACUACCAGAGGACAGGGAGAUGGACGCGAGAAGAAUAAAUGGACGGAUGAGUCAUUGGAACUUUGAAUGCAACUGUAAAAAAAAAAAAAAAAAAAAAAGAGAGAGAGAGAGAGAGAAAGAAAGAAAAAAAAAGCUGUUUAAAAGUGAUUUAUUUAAAUUGUAAAGUGUUGUUUCAUUUCUCAUCUGUGGAUGAGACUGCACUAUUGGCUGCCACUGGGAGAGACAGAGAGAGAGAGUACUCCUGUUACUGUCAUUAUACAGCGUACUCUAGUUUCCAUUAAGACGACAAGCUGCUGCUGAGACGAGGACACAGGAAACGAAGGCCUUGACGGUCAUUCAGUCACACGUAACCACAGCAUCGGAUGGGUUUUACUUCUCUGCUCUCCAACUUGCUUAUAACAUUGUGUAUAUUGCCUUAUCUAAACAGAUGUUCAUAUGAAAUAUAUACAUUAGUAUGACACUGG